AUGGCCCCCGACCUCCCGCCCGACCGCCGCCCGAUCGUCAUCUCGGGCCCGUCAGGCGUCGGCAAGGGCACUCUGUUCAAGAUGCUCUUCGCGCAGCACCCGGACACCUUCACCCUCUCCGUCAGCCACACGACGCGUUCGCCCCGCGAGGGCGAGCAGCACGACGUCGACUACCACUUCGUCAGCCACGCCGACUUCGAGUCGCUCAUCGCCGCGGACGGCUUCGUCGAGCACGCCAAGUUCGGCGGCAACCGCUACGGCACGUCCAAGUCGACGAUCCGCGAGCAGGGCGAGAAGGGCAAGGUCGUCGUGCUGGACAUCGAGAUGGAGGGCGUCAAGCAGAUCAAGGCGAGCAGCAUCCCCGCGCGCUUCGUCUUCGUCGCCCCGCCCGGCGAGGAGGAGCUCGAGAAGCGGCUCAGGGGCCGCGGCACCGAGAAGGAGGAGAGCAUCCAGAAGAGGCUUGCGCAGGCAAAGCUGGAGCUCGAGUACUCGAAGACCCCCGGAGUCCAUGACAUAAUUAUCGUCAACGAUGACCUCGACAAGGCGUACAAGGAGCUGGAAGAAUUUGUCUAUAAGCCUCUAGACUCGUAG